CGUCAAGGUAUUAUCAGGUCUGAUAAAGGUUUUAUGUGCUAUUUUUUUUAUGUCAAACCGCGUGAGUUAACGUGAUCACCUUUUUCAAGUCACAUAGUUAGAUAAUUUGGUAGUCUGAGUGGAUGUAUAUAAUUUCGUCAAGUCUGAGGCCGGUAACAUCAACAGUGAGGACAAACCCAGUCUGCCUCUCUCCUUCCACACUGAGUUCAAACCUACAGUCACUGGGUCCUGAUUGUGACAGUGGAGCCCAGUUUGCACUGCAGGAUCCAGAGAUGGCAUCAGUGAAGCUGGAAGACUGCAGUCAAACACUGGAGCUGAAUGUCAACAUUAAAGAUGAAGAAGAGGAGGAGGAGAUUGGGACAAAUGUUUCUCAUGACUCAGGUAUGAGGUCGGUAACAUCAACAGUGAGGACAAACCCAGCCUGCCUCUCUCCUUCCACACUGAGUAGAAACCUACAGUCACUGGGUCCUGAUUGUGACAGUGGAGCCCAGUUUACACUACAGGAUCCAGAGAUGGCAUCAGUGAAGCUGGAAGACUGCAGUCAAACACUGGAGCUGAAUGUCAACAUUAAAGAUGAAGAAGAGGAGGAGAAGAUUGGGACAUCUGUUAGUCAUGGCACCUGCAAGAUCCUGGACAUUUCCUGGGGGAAUGGUCCUAUCCCUCACCCUCCGAUCCUACAGGUCCCAGACGUGCUCAAUGGAAUUGAGAUCCGGGCUCUUCACUGGCCAUGGCAAAACACUGACAUUCCUGUCUAGCAGGUGUGAUGUUCGGAUGUAUCGAUCCUGUUCAGGUGUUGUGGUCUAUUCCAAAGGCCAAAAUCAACAUCCUCACGAAUUCUAUGUAAAGGAGAUGUGUGCCGGAGGAGGCAGCGGCAGCUACCAAUUUCUCCAGUGCUUAAUGUGUAAAUUAGGAUUUGCUGGAACCAAAAGUGAGUCCGAGCAGUUGACCUGCUGGUCUCCGAGGUACCAGAACACAUUAAAUAAAAUACCUUUAUAAUAAAGCAUUGCAUGCAUUA